GAAGACAGCAACUCAGCUCAGCUCAUCACUAACCACAGCACCACAGAAGAAGAGAUGUCCCAGAUCAGAGCUGCUGUGAUAGUGCUGCUUGUGCUCCUGGCUGUGGGGCUGUUCACUACUGAGGCUUCUGCAGCUAAACAAGGUUUUCCUAAAGGCUGCUGUACGCAUUACUCCAAGGGAAAGAUAGACAUUCGUCUCAUCCGUGGCUUUUCUGUACAGACAGUGAAUGACGAGUGCAACAUUGAUGCUAUCAUUUUCCACACUGUCAGAGCGAGAUUCCCAUGUGUGGAUCCCACCAAGGGCUGGGUUAUGGAAGCUGUUCGCAAGCUAAGGGAGAGAGCAGAAGGCUUGAACAAGAAGAAGUCAUUGGCAUAGUAUUCAUCACAAGGGUAUUCGGGAUGAAGAGUUCGAGUUCCUUUCUUCAUGGACGGAGGAGAACGCAAACAUCCUGGAACUUUUUCUCCUGUUAUCCAAUUACCUGAAUCUUCUGAGACCUUUUUCUGUACUGAAAAGUAUAAUAAAUGAAGAAUAUAUUUAAGCAUCGCGGAGUGCCUGGACACAGCCCUUAGCCGUGGU